GGCGGGGCGGUUUUCGAGGAAGACCUGGGUAUAUAUAGGAGCUGUUGUCCUGAGACCGGCAUCGUCCUGCUGAGUCGAGACCAAGAUGAAGGUUCUGGCAGUGCUGUGUCUUUUGGGUCUGGUGGCCGCUGAGCCCCAGUUGAUCUUGCCUUACAGCUCACCUCUGCUGACCCCGACGAUCAAGGCUGAUGGUGGCGUGAUCAGCACCUACACUGCAACAUAUCCUUAUGCUGGCAUUCCAUUGGUAAAGGCUGCCCUUCCCGGCACUCCAUUGCUGAAGAGUGGCCUUCCCAGCACUCCAUUGGUGCAGACUGGCCUUCCUUUAAUUCAUGGAUAUCAUCCAUUCUCCAUUCCUACUGUGGUAGCUGCCAAGCCUGCUGAGGUAACCGCUGCCCGCCAGAAGCGCUCUGCUGAUCCCGAGCCAGCCAUCAACUUCCCAAGCACACUUGGCACUAUUUCUACUCCAGCAGCCACCAUCCCAGCUACUUUGGCUACAAUCCCAACUACCCUUAAUUACAAUUAUGCUGGCCUUCCUGCUGCUAUCAGCCCUUACACCAUCCCACAGACCAUCCCUUACGCUGGUGCAGCUGGAGUUACUCCAUUUGUAGGAACAUGGCCUUUCACCACUGGUCUUAGCCCAUACACCACCCACAUGCCUUACCUUUACCCUGUUGUGUCCAGUGCCAAGAUUGAGACCCCCAAGGGAGAGGCUGUGUCCCGUGCCAAGCGCUCAGCUGACCCAGAGGCUGAUCCUCAGCUCUUGACCACAAACACUGGAGUUACUGGUUUCGCUUACCCAGCUGUCAACACUGGAACAUUUGCACCAACAACCUACACCUACCAGAACCUCCCAAUCACUUACCCAACCACAUACACUGCUGCUUUCCCCUCCUUCAGAACUCUGCCAGUUAACACUGUCUUCGGUUAAGCUGACUUCAGAGCUACAAGGAUUUUCAAGAGGCCUUAGAUAUCUCUCUGUAGCUCCCCUCUUCUUGAAUUUAUCAAACAAGAACUGAUGCCACCAACAACUGGCCCAUUGAGAUGAGGUGUUAAAAAGGCUUCUUGUAGAUUAACAUCACAUCCAUUGAUUCAGACGGGACUGAUCACUGAUCACUGAUCACCGGAACAUGGACAUCUUUUGGCUAUGGUUAAUUUUUUUUUCAAUACUUCUCUAUACAUAUAAAAAUGUAUAAAAAAUGUGAUAUUAAAAUCGAUUUUAAUAAAUUCUAUUUUCA